AUGAGAUUCAACGUCAAGUUUCCCUUGAAACAACCGCUUCUACAGGCGCAGUGGGAUGCCCUUUCGUGUAUCCACCUACAGCUACAAAAGAUCCACGAAGAGCAAUACCAAUACCGGGAAACCCAUAGUCCGGGUUCUCAAGCCCCUAGCGGAGGUCAGAGCAGCAACCGGGAAGCACGACCUCGGAAUGACUGGAUACGGCGUAUGACAUUCCCAGACGAAAGUGACGGUGCCAUCCAACGGAGACUCAGACAGCUAGCACACUCACGAGGCCUCUUUGACGCGCAGUGCAACUACGAGCAGUUACAGGCGGUCAACAGUGCAUGUGAGGCGGACUUCGGAGUCUUACCGUUCCUGAUAUCGGGUCCGCCAGGAACGGGAAAGACGAAAACUCUGGUGGAGAUUGCGCUUCAGCUUUUGAACACGACUGAUGUCGCCCAUAUUCUUAUCUGCGCACCUUCUGAUCAGGCUGCGGAUACAUUAGCUUUGCGAUUGCGACAGCACCUGUCUCCAGAGAAGCUGCUCAGGCUGAACGGUCCCCAAAGGGCGGAUAAUGAGGUUCCAGGGGAAUUACUUGGAUACUGCUAUCGGGAUCGUGACAUGUUCUACCUUCCACCCAUCUCCCGAUUGAUGAAGUACAAUAUCGUCGUCACCUCCACACGCGACGCUGCCAUUCUGGCAAACGCCAGGGUAACGAACGCCGACUUAUACCUGAUUGAGAAGAACAUGCAUUCAGCAUUUCAUCCCGAGGACGAAAAUACUGGACCUACGCGCCUCCGCUGGGGAGCACUUUUGUUAGACGAAGCCGCGCAGGCUACUGAAUUAGACGUGAUGCCCGCCCUGACGGUUGUAAUGCCACCAAGCCAAUAUCCAGCCAACCUCCAGCAGCCUCGCCUCAUAAUGGCCGGAGACCAGGAGCAACUCGGACCACGUACCGCAUCGAACGACCCCCGCUGCUCACGUUCUCUCUUUGCCCGCCUAUUCGAACGCCCACUAUACAAGACCCACCCUUUAUCCAGAAACAGAGUCCGCGCUUCAGUCGAGCCUCCGGUCCUCAAUUCGUCCAUGCUUCCCAUGCUCUAUCCUCCCUUUGCCAAUCUCAUGCGAAACUAUCGUUCUCACCCUGCCAUCCUCACUGUCCCCUCCUGCCUCUUCUACAACGACACCCUCAUCCCGGAAGCCCCAAUCGAAACCAACACUCCCCUCCAAGCCUCCUCCAUCUGGCAAGGCAAGAAAUAUCCUGUCCUCUACGUCCCUAUCACCUCGCUGGACGACAUCGAAUACGAAGGCGGCGGCUGGUAUAACAAUUUCGAAUGCCAAACUGCCUGCGCGAUCGCUGCCCGCCUUGUCACUGAGGCGCAAGUCCCCCAGCGCGAAGUAGCCAUCAUCUCGCCCUUCGCAGCGCAGGUCAAACGGCUGCGCAACCUCAUGCGGAGUCCGACGUACAGUCUUUGGGACGUGAAUAUUGGACCGUUGGAAGCCUUUCAAGGACUUGAGAGCCGCGUCGUGAUCCUGUGCACUACGCGCACGAGGGAGCGCUUCCUGGCCGAAGACAUUCAGCGAGGGGUGGGAAUCAUUGGACUCAGGAGGAAGAUGAAUGUUGCCUUGACGAGAGCAAAGGCCGGGUUAGUUGUUUUGGGUAAUCCGAAUGUUUUGGCGCUGGAUGAGCACUGGAAAGCGUUUUUGGCUUUUUGCCAUAGGAAUGGAGAUGGUGAGGGGCUUCGAGUCGUGUAA